ACAAAAGGCGAAGUAAUAAAAAUUUCUCUCCAUUCCCACCACCACCAACUCUGGAAACCUCAGUAAUUACUAAUGAAAUUACACAGAAAAACCCUUUGAAUUCAACACCAAGGAAAAAAGAAUCAAUUCAAAACAACGACUUCACUUUCUUAAUGUCAAUAGUCAUACAUUACCUUCCUGUACUUGGAAGACUCCUCCAUUUUCCAUCUUCUUCCACACGGAAAUCAACACCACCACAGCUUAUUCAUACCCUAACCCUAAUUUCAUCCAUGUUUUGAGAUUUUUUUUUUAAUCAAGUUUCUACUUUUCUUACUACCAUGAGCAGAUCAUCAAGAAAUGAAAAAAGGGUUCUUCUUGGAAUUUCAGUUCUUGCUUUGGUUUUUGUGAUUUCUGAUGUUGUUUUGGGUAUAGAAGAUGAUAUAAGGUGUUUGAAAGGUGUAAAAGCAGCAUUUAAAGACCCUCAAGGGAGAUUCGAAUCAUGGACUUUUGGUAAUUCAUCAGUCGGUCUUAUCUGUAAACUCUCUGGUGUUUCUUGCUGGAACGCUAAAGAAGAUCGAUUGAUUAGUAUUUUACUUCCAUCAAAUGAACUUUCUGGGCAAAUUCCUGAUUCUUUACAGUACUGUGCAAGUCUUCAGAAUUUAGAUCUCUCAGAUAAUAAGAUUUCAGGUACAAUUCCUCCUCAACUUUGUACUUGGUUACCUUAUAUUACAACUCUAGAUCUUUCCGGGAAUCAACUUUCUGGUGAAAUUCCUUCAAACUUGGCUAAUUGUACCUAUUUGAAUAAGCUUAAGUUGUCGAAUAAUCGAUUAUCUGGUACAAUUCCUCCUCAAUUUGCUAGUCUUCCUCGUCUUACAGAAUUUAAUGUUGCUAAUAAUGAUUUAUCUGGUCAAAUUCCGUUCAAUUCCACGGCCUUUAGUGCUGGUAAUUUCGAAGGAAAUAGUGGACUAUGUGGUGGUCCUCUUGGAUCUAAGUGCGGUGCUGCUGGAAAGGGUAGUAAAAUAGUGAUUAUAAUUGCUGCUGGUGUCUCAAGUGCUGUGAUUUCGUUGUUGGUUGGGUUUGGUCUAUGGUGGUGGUUCUUUGUGAGGUAUAACCGUAAGCGUAGAGCUGCUGGCAAAUAUGAUGACAGUAGAUGGGGAGAGAGAUUAAAGAGCCAUAGACAAGUUCAAGUUACUUUGUUUAAGAAACCUCUUGUGAAGAUCAAGUUAGGCGAUUUAAUGGCUGCCACUAAUAAUUUUAGUAAGGAAACAAUCAUCAUUUCCACUAGAACGGGAACUUCGUAUAAGGCAGUUCUUCCUGAUGGUUCAGCCCUUUCAAUCAAAAGGCUCCUUAAUUGUAAUCUUGAUGAGAAGGAAUUCCGCACCGAGAUGAUUAGACUGGGGCAACUAAGGCAUCCGAAUUUGGUACCACUUUUGGGUUUUUGUGUUGUGCUAGAUGAGAAACUCUUGGUGUAUAAACACAUGCCUAGUGGAACUCUGUAUUCUCAAUUGCAUAGAGAAGGCGAUUUGAAUAGUGAAUAUGGUCCGUUGGAUUGGUCAACUAGGCUUAGGAUUAGUAUUGGUGUUUCCAGGGGAUUGGCUUGGCUUCACCAUGGAUGCCAACCUCCAUUUCUGCAUCGAAAUGUUUGCUCUAAUUCAAUCCUUCUUGAUGAUGAUUUUGAUCCCAGGAUAACUGAUUUUGGUCUUGGGAAGCUCAUAAAUUCUGAUGUUACCCAUAAUAGUACUUUUAUGAGUGGCACUUUAGGAGAGUUUGGGUAUGUUGCUCCAGAGUAUUCGAGCACCAUGGUUGCUUCGCUGAAAGGCGAUGUUUAUGGGUUUGGGGUUGUGCUUUUGGAAUUGGUGACAGGGCAAAAGCCUCUUGAUGUCAGUGUACCAGAUGAGGAAUUCAAGGGUAACUUAGUAGAUUGGGUGGAUCAGCUCACGGCUGCGGGUCAGAUAAAGGAUGUUAUUGAUAAGUCUAUUUGCGGAAAAGGUCAUGACAAUGAAAUUCUACAGGUUCUGAAGAUUGCAAGUGCUUGUGUGGUUCCUAGGCCCAAGGACAGGUCUUCUAUGUACCAGGUUCACCAGUCAUUGAAGACUCUUGGGGCACAACAUGGUUUCUCAGAACAGUAUGAGGAGUUCCCGCUGAUAUUUGGUAAACAAGAACCUGAUUGUCAGCAUGUCAGAAUUCCCUUAGAGAUCGACUGUCAAUGAACGAUCUCUGUGGCUCAUGCUAGGUGUGUCGAGCUUGUAUGUCAACGGUAUGAUUUUCUAUUUCACUCGAACUUCCUUAUUACAUACCCCAUUUGUUGUUUAGAUGUGUAUAAAACAAAAUAUUUCAAUGUUAGCUUUUCCCGUUCCACGGAACUUUGAAUUCUCAAUUCAAACAAAGGAACCUCUUAGGCUCCUUUUAUGUCUGUAACAUGCUCCUUUGCAAGAAGAUUUAGCAAAUCCAUCGGGAUGUUUCCGGGAACAGAAAUGCAUAAAUGCAUUUCUCAUGCAUCCAUAGAGAUAAAGCUUGUAUUAUCUGGAUAUGUUCUGUUGUAUAACUGUUUGUCCUCUAGUAUGGAUGCGCACUUUUGUAUCUCUACUCUGGUGUCCAAUGUCUUCUGGUUCCAAAUAAUCUCUACUGUGAUCAAUGUUUAUUAAGAAAUCCUUCAA